GAGGGCGCAGCCUUCGUUUGAGAAACAGUUAUAGUACAACCCAAUGACAGUGUGAUUACAGUAAUGUAGUUCAGCUCCUCUGGGACAGAAGGGUUUUGAUGAAGUGUUCAGUAUGGAGUCAGUAGGAGUGAAUGUGAUAGAAGUUGCCACUUUAGGGAGACCCUUUCAGCUGGGGAUGCUCUACGACUGCAGGAAAGAUGCUCUCGUGCCAGGAAUCACGUUGUGGGAUGAAGAAAAGCUCAAGCAGAGUAUUCGAUCUCGUCCCCAAAAUAAUACAGAUUUCAAAGUUACAGCUUCCGACUCUAUUGAAGAAAAAUCUAACUUAUUGAACAUUGAAGCCUCUAUGAAAUUGAGUCUGUUGGGUGGAUUGAUCAACGUAACCGGUGCCGCCAAAUAUCUCAAUGACACCAAGAAGUCUUUCAUUCAGCAGAGACUGACUCUACAUUAUCAUUCAACUACCAGGUUUGAAGAAUUGAGCAUGAACCAUUUAGCAUCUGAAAAUAUAGCUCACCAUGAGGUGUUUGAUCACGAUACAGCGACACACGUGGUGACGGCAGUGCUGUACGGAGCUGACGCCUGCUUUGUGUUCGACAGAGAAGUUUCUUCAGAUGAGAACAAAACUACAGUGGAAGUUGAAGUGAAGGCAGUGUUUGAAAAACUCAGAAUCAUUACAGUAGACGUAAAUGCGAAUCUAAACAUGAAUGAGGUUCAGAAGAAUGCGGUGCAAAAAUUCAGUGUCACUUUCUAUGGUGAUUUUCAGUUGCCGUCUAAUCCGACUUCAUUUGAAGAUGCUUUGAAGGUUUACGCUGAACUUCCCAAACUGCUGGGAGAAAACAAAGAUCUUGUGGUUCCACUGAGAGUGUGGCUGUAUCCUCUGAGCAAACUUAACUCGAGAGCUUCAAAACUUCUGAAGGAAAUCAGCAUUGAUUUAAUCAGUGACAUAGAAUCAGCAUUAGAGAGUUUAAAUACAACUGAGAUGAAAUGCAGUGAUCUUCUGAAAGACUCUCCUGCUUCAGCUUUAACUUCAUUUCAUGAUAAAAUAUUGCAGAUGAAGCAGAACUGUAACAAAUACAAGUUGACUCUCAUGAAGAAACUUGGCUCUCUGUUGCCUCAGAUCCGUGGAGAUAAGAUUGAAGACUCAUCACUGACAGAUCUACUGAAUGAUCAUCAUGAAUCUCCAUUCAGAGAAAGUGAGCUUGCAGAAUGGUUGAAGAUGAGAGAGAAAGAGUCAGCAAUCAUUAAAACGUUGCUCAGACAGCUAAUUGAAUUUGGUGCAAAGGUAGAAGACAACCUAGAGGCAAUCUUGAUGGAUCUAGAUGUUGGAAAUCUGGUCAGCUACACAUUCACAUCAUUGGACUGGUCAGAUGUGCUCCUUCCUAAACAAUUGACCUAUCUAAGAUCUUCAACAAUGAGAAAUAAAAAUGACACUGACUUUCAGAAGGAAACGUCAUGGCUCACCCCUGCCAUCCACAAGACUAUGAGGAGCAACUUGGAGAUGUUUAAGAGCUUGAUUCGUUCAAAAGAUCGUAAACCAGCCAAGUUUAUUGUGUCAUCAAAACAAAUGGAGGAUCAUCCAGGUUCCUGCAUUCUCCUGUAUGAAGGUGAAUGUGUUAAAGCUGUUUGCUUCACUCCUCCAUCAAGUCCGGCUCGUCCAAUCACAGCAGAGGUUAAAGGUGACAGUGUGGUUAUAAAUGUGAAGCCCUCAACAUGUCCGGCUACAGAGGAACUCAAGUUACUCUACAAAAUAAAGCAAGAGAAGAUCUGGACAUCUCAACCUGUGCUGAAGGACCAAAAUACUAUAACUCUGACUGAUCUGAGACCAGGCACUGAAUAUGAGAUUAAAUGUGCAGCGGUGGGGAAACUCAACUACACCACUGAAUCUGAUGUGAUCACACUUAAAAUUGAGGGGAGGAACCAUCCCUUUAUGGGAUAUUGUGCUUUGAUAAGUGAUGGAUGGGGCAACUGUUUGAAUGCACUUCUGCAAACUCUCUACAUGACUAAAGAAUACAGAGAUCAUGUUAUGAGACUAAAAACAGAUAACAGGUCUUUUGAGGAUAAGCUCAAUAAAGAGUUAAAGGUGUUGUUUGAAAAGUUGGACAUCGAGCAGGGGCCGGUCUCAACACAAUCAACUCAAGACACAGCUGACGAAAUCUUUAAACUUGACGAAAGAUCAUUAGACGAUCUUGUAAGUAGAUUUGGUCAUGAACGUGAAUACGCAGCAGAAUUCUUGUGGAAUACACUUGUGGAGACUCGCUCAUCUGAGGAAGAUGCUCUACAGAUAAGAAAAGGAUUCAUCCAGCAGUUCUGUCCUGUCUGUAAUAAACCUCUGAGAACGAAACAUGAGAUCCACUCGCAAAAAAUACAGAUUGUACGUUUGAGGAGAUUCAAAGAAGGAACAGUGGAGAAAAAUGAACUGGAAGUGAUAAUUCGUCCUCAUUUGAAGGUUUCCUCUCAUGAGUUUGAGCUCUAUGCCAUCAUAAACCACUACGGCUCAUAUUGGAGUGGACACUUUAAUGUAGACAUCAAAUGUGAAAAUCAACAAUGGUAUCGCUUUGAUGAAACCCACGUGUGUGAGAGUUAUCUUUCACAAAGAGACGAGAACUUCGUGUACAGGUCUUCAAGUGCUUAUAUGCUCUUCUACAGACCCAAAAAACACAGAAAGUUACUGAGACUGAGUUAAACUUAACCUGCUGUGUUUAUGGUACUCAUGGUAAAGAUUGUAUGUAAUCUGAUGUACUCAGAUUACCAGAGAUGAAUCUGGAGUUUGUUGUUAAAUAUAAACCAGUAAUGGUUAAUGAUAAUAAUCAGUGUGACUCUGUUUUAAAUGUUUCAUUUCAUAUUUA